CAAGAUGCGUCGGAGUGAAGCAUUCUGGGAAGUCUAACGCUUUCAGGCUUUCUACAAGCAAAAAUGAAGCGUGUUUUCACGCUGUCAGAGAAAUCAUGGUCGGGCUCAUGUUUGCUAUACAAAUGGCAGAAGACUGUAGGCAAUUACCUCGCAGUUGCUGGCCCAGACAAUGUAGUGAAAAUCUUCGAUCGGCAUGGACAGAAGGUGAACGAGUUAAAUCUCCCCGGGAGUUGUGUAUCUCUUGACUGGGAUAAAGAUGGUGAUAUUCUGGCUGUGAUUGCUGAAAAGUCCAGUUCCAUUUACUUGUGGGAUGCCAAUGUCAACAAAACCUCACAGCUGGACAGUGGCAUGAAAGAUCAGAUGACGUUUUUGCUGUGGUCCAAAACUGGGCCGCUAUUGGCUGUUGGCACAUCUAAAGGAAACCUGCUCAUCUACAACCAGCAAACUUCAAGAAAGAUUCCUAUUCUCGGUAAGCACACUAAGAAAAUCACAUGUGGGUGUUGGAGCUCUCAGAACCUCUUGGCUUUGGGCAGUGAAGACCGCAGCAUAACAGUCAGCAACCAUGAAGGUGACACUAUUCGACAGACCUCGGUGAGAUCAGAUCCUGCAGAUGUUCAGUUCUCAGUAAUGAAAACGGAUGAGAGAUCGUCUCCAGGAGAAAGCACUGUGAGUGUGGCUUUGGGGAAAAAGACCUUGUUUCUGUUCAACCUGAAUGAUCCUGAUAACCCAAUAGAACUGGCCUUCCAGCAACGUUAUGGCAACAUAGUGUCCUACCGAUGGUAUGGGGAUGGCUACAUAAUGAUUGGAUUUUCACAUGGUUACUUUGUGGUCAUUUCCACACACAUUCGUGAGAUUGGCCAAGAGCUGUUUCAGGCCCAUAAUCACAAGGACAGUCUGACCAGCAUUGCCAUCUCACAGUCGCUAAAUAAAGCCGCGUCCUGCGGGGACAAUUGUAUAAAGAUUCACGACCUGACUGAUCUGAAGGAGAUGUACGCUAUAGUCAGUCUGGAUGAGGAGACCAAAGGUCUUGAUCAGAUGUGUUGGACUGAUGAUGGGCAGCUGUUAGCUGUGUCCUCCCAGCAGGGCACUUUGCACGUUUUCCUCACCAAGCUGCCUAUAUUGGGAGACAGCAGUGGCACCAGAAUUGCCUAUCUCACAUCGCUGCUGGAGGUUACAGUCGCUAACCAGGUGGAAGGGGAGUCUCCUGUUGCCAUGGCAGUGGAGGUGGAACCCAGUUUCAUCGCGGCGGGACCAUAUCACGUUGCUGUGGGCAUGAAUAACAGAGCUUGGUUUUAUGCAUUAGGAGACAAUGGAGUUGAGCGUGUAAAGGACAUGGAGUAUUUAGGGACGGUUGCCAGUAUGUGUCUGAACUGUGACUAUGCCACAGCCCUGUUUGAGGGGAAGGUCCAGUUACAUGUGAUCGAUGGAGAUGAGCAGGUUGUUCAGGAGGACAGACAGACGAAACUUUUUCCAGAACCCGAUCAGAAAUACCGCAUCCUGAGUCAUGCGCUCACUACCGAGUUUCUCUAUUAUGGAACUGAUACUGGUUUGAUUCAGUGUUUCUAUUUAGAGGACUGGCAGACUGUGAAUGAGUAUCGGCACACAGUGGGUGUUCGCAAAGUCUUUCCUGACCCCAACGGAACACAUCUCGUGUUUAUUGAUGAAAAGAGUGACGGCUUCUUAUAUUGCCCGGUAAAUGAUUCGCUCUUUGAGAUCCCUGACUUCUCACCUGCUAUUAAAGGGGUGUUGUGGGAAAACUGGAUGAACAGUAAGAGUGUGUUUGUUGCUUAUGAGGAGGACAAAGUCUACACGUAUGCCUUCCACAAAGACACCAUACAGGGCUCCAAAGUGAUUCUUGUUGGUGCCACCAAGUUGCCAUUUUCCCAUAAGCCACUGCUGUUGUACAAUGGGGAGCUGACAUGUCAAACCCAGAGUGGAAAAAUAAAUGGUGUAGUUUUGAACACGCAUGCCUUCCUUAACAACCCUCUCAGUGAUACCAGCAAAGAAAAACUUCAGUCUUUACUGCAACAGUCCAUCAUGCUUAAAAGGUUCUCUGAUGCCUGGGAUAUAUGUAAAACUCUGAACGCCGAAGCAUGGGGUGAACUGGGAAGGGCAUGUCUGCACCACAUGGAUAUAGAACUGGCCAUCAGGGUCUACCGCAUGAUGGGAAACGUUGGCAUGGUCAUGUCCCUUGAUGAUGUAAAGGGAAUAGAGGACCAGAAUUUGUUGGCUGGUCAUUUGGCUAUGUUCUGCAAUGACUACAACAGAGCGCAAGACUUAUAUCUCACAUCGUCUUAUCCAAUGGCAGCCUUGGAGAUGAGAAGAGACCUGCAGCAUUGGGACAGUGCAUUACAGCUGGCCAAAAGACUGAACCCUGAGGAGAUCCCAUCCAUUUCUAGAGAAUAUGCCAUACAGCUAGAGUUUGUUGGAGAUUAUGUGAACGCACUGGCUCACUAUGAGAAAGGCAUAACAGAAAACAACAAGUUUCAGGAUCACGAUGAAAGCUGUUUGGCAGGAGUGGCUCGCAUGUCCAUUCGUAUGGGUGACAUUCGCAGAGGUGCCAACCAGGCCAUCAAACACCCCAGCAGAUCCCUGAAGAAAGACUGUGGAGCCAUUCUGGAGAGCAUGAAGCAAUAUUCAGAAGCUGCUCAGCUGUACGAGAAAGGCCAGUACUAUGACAAAGCUGCCUCUGUCUACAUACGCUGCAAAAACUGGGCAAAGGUGGGCGAGCUCCUGCCUCACGUGACCUCCCCGAAAAUUCACCUACAGUACGCUAAGGCAAAGGAGGCUGAUGGAAAAUACAAAGAGGCAGUUAUGGCAUAUGAAAGUGCAAGAGACUGGGACAAUGUCAUUCGGAUCUUACUUGAGCAUCUUAACAACCCAGAGGAAGCUGUACGCAUUGUAAGGGAAUCUCAGUCUAUUGAGGGAGCCAAGAUGGUGGCCAGAUUCUUCCUGCGUUUAAGUGAUUAUGGCUCAGCGAUCCAGUUUCUGGUUUUGUCACACUGCAAUGAUGAAGCGUUUCAGCUCGCUCAGCAGCACAGUCAGAUGGAGAUCUACGCUGACAUUAUUGGUUCAGAGGCAACAAUGGAAGACUAUCAGAGCAUAGCGCUGUAUUUUGAGGGAGAGAAGAACCAUCUUCAGGCUGGGAAGUUCUUUCAGAAGUGUGGGCAAUACAGCAGGGCCCUGAAGCACUUUUUAAAAUGCCCUAGCUCUGAUGACAGUUUGGCCAUAGAGAUGGCCAUUGAGACAGUAGGCCAGGCAAAGGACGAAGCGCUGACCAAUCAGCUUAUUGAUUACCUAAUGGGUGAAAGUGAUGGGAUGCCAAAGGAUGCAAAAUACCUGUUCCGGUUGUACAUGGCUCUCAAACAAUACAGAGAAGCAGCGAGAACUGCUAUUAUAAUUGCCAGAGAGGAGCAAUCUGCAGGAAACUACAGGAACGCCCAUGAUGUUUUGUUCAGCAUGUACUCUGAGCUUCAAACACAGCAGAUUAAAAUCCCAGCAGAGAUGGCCACCAACCUCAUGAUCCUGCACAGCUACAUAUUGGUGAAGAUUCAUGUUAAAAGAGGAGAUCAUUUAAAGGGGGCACGGAUGCUUAUCCGUGUAUCCAACAACAUCAGCAAAUUCCCAUCCCACAUCGUUCCCAUUCUCACAUCCGCUGUUAUUGAAUGUCAUCGUGCUGGACUGAGAAACUCCGCCUUUAGUUUUGCCUCUAUGCUGAUGAGACCAGAAUAUCGUAACAAAAUUGAUGUUAAAUACAAAAAGAAGAUUGAAGCAAUGGUCCGUCGUCCAGACACCUCUGAAGUGGAGGAAGAAAGUUCACACUGUCCCUACUGUGGCUUUAGCCUGCCGGACUGUGAGCUGCUCUGUCCCGGCUGUAAAAACAAUCUACCCUACUGUAUCGCAACAGGUCGUCACUUGGACAAGGAGGACUGGUGUGUCUGCCCACACUGUGAAUUUCCUGCUCUCUACUCACAGUUCACCCAGCUUUUGGAGACCGAGUCAGCAUGCCCCAUGUGCUCUGAGUGUUUAAAUGUCAGUGAUCUGAAGAAGGUAUCAGACUGCUCCAGAUAUCUACAACUGGACCAUCUGGAGCGGUGAGAUACAGAGAGCAACAAUGGAGAAAGGAAAUGAUGUGAUUAAAUCUUAAGACGUUUGAAGGCGUCUGAUUUCAGAACUUUGAGAAGUGCGUCAACAAUUCAAGCCAGAGCUGAUAUUCUUUAAAUAAAAAUGUAAAUAUAUUUUUUAUACAUCUAUAUUGUCUAAGUUUGUUAUCAGUUGUAUACAAGUAUGGUCUAUUUACUAUAUCUACAAAAUAAAAGGUAAAAAGGUA